AUGAGUGAAAUACCAUCAAACCCAGUGACUGUUUCUCAAUACUCAUAUUACUCAGAUAAAAAUUAUCCAAAACGAAGAACAAUGGAAGAUGCUCAUGUUAUUUGUGAUCCAUUAAUUGAAAUAGAAGGUCAUAUCUAUUCAUUAUAUGCAAUCUUUGAUGGGCAUAGAGGACGUACAGCAGCACAGCAUUGUGCUAAAAUUGUUAAAGAUAAAAUUAAAGAAGUUUUACAAAGAAAAGAUGAAGAAUUUAAAGAAAUGAUGCAAGAUGCAAUGUACGAAAUGGAUAUGAGUUUAAAAGAAAAUGGAAUUGAAUAUUCAGGAUGUUGUGGAUUAUUGUGUAUUAUUGAAAUAAAAGAAAAGAAAAGAAUAAUUCAUAUGGCAAAUUGUGGAGAUUCAUGUGGAAUUAUUAUAGGAACAAAUGACAUAAUUUCAAUGAGUGAAGAACAUAAAACAACAAAUGAAGAUGAAUCAAAAAGAAUUAAAGAAAGUGGUGGAAUGAUAAUAAACGGAAGAGUCAGUGGAGAUGUAGCGAAUUACACGAGGAUUAGGAGUAUCAUCAUUUGA